AUGAGCUUCAAAUUCGUUUCCCCAUUCAUCCUUCUGAUUUGGGGUUGGAGUGUCGGACUCUCAAUUUAUAUUAUAGGAUGGGUUGAUGUCACUUUUAUGUAUAAAGGAAGCAAUUAUUCGAUUGCAUACGCGACCGUACAACCGAAUGCCUUGCUGAAUACAUAUGCGAGUAAAUGUAUUCCUGGUUUUCUCUUUGCCACCAUAUUCUUGUAUUUGUCCUUUUUCGUGAUCUUGUAUCUGCAAAAUACGUUGUCGAAAAAUGCUCAAUUGAAAGCGAAAGUGAUUCGGAGUGUGCUGGCGGCAAUGCUGCAGAAUUUUGUACCGGCGUCCAGUGCUGGCUCCGUUUAUCUCAUUGCUGAAUCACUUUGGUCGAGGAAAAAUGCUGAAUGGUCCGCUAAUCAAUGGAAAUCUCUCAAGUAUCACAUCAAUUCAUACAAA